UAUGACUGUUGCGCAGAUACUAUGGCCCUUUGAUAUUCGCAAUGCGCUAGAAUCAGAUAACAAGGGGACGAUGGUAGAGAGUUUUGCAUAUGAGACGGCUUUGAACACCAGGUCCAAGCCUUUCAAGUGCCGCGUUGAAAUUCCGAACGUCCGAACUGUACAAGUCAUCAGGAGGCCGAUAAGUCUAUUAUCCAUCGAUCAAUCAAUCACGCAAGGUCUAAAAGUAUUCGCAAUCGUAAUCUUCAGGGCGCAUCACUAUCGUGUAGCCGGGGUCCUGGCCGCGAAGUUGCGACAUUCGAGGGGCUUCUUGCAACAUCGCCAGAAUGGGGAACGAGGUGGAGCCAAUGGAUACGGAGACGGAAGUGGGCCCAGCCUUGCUGUCUCUCAGUCUCUCAGCACCCAAGCAUUGUCAGAUUCCUCAAGCACGACCUCCCGUAAGCUUCGAAAGCUUCCACGGCUCUCGGCUCACGACGAAGCCGUUACACUUGGUUCCUUGCACAGAUAGACACCGUCUCGUACUACAGGGAGCCAAGCAACUGAUUCUCCUGCAGGUCCUCAACAACACUCCCAAACGCAAAGCCGGAGCGUUCCAGAACUACGCCAUACAUUUCACACGACGCCUGUGCUGAUCACGCACAUCUCACCACCGAUGGCACCAUGGCUGCUCUGCAGCAUGAGAGACCUUCAUGCCCCCGACACGCCCGUUGUCCCGGACUCGAACGCACAUGGUGGACGGUCCAGACCCGCCAUGCCACCACUUAUUCACUGCUUGCCCUAGAAAAUUAUCGUCAAUCAACUCCAUUCCAUCACGCAAUUUUGUCUUCUCGGACACCAUAGGGCUUUUUUCCCAUUUCGACGUCUUGGAAGAAGCUAACGCACGUGGAACCAUUAGCCGACGUGAGAGAACACAACGUAUAUAGCCAAGAGUGUCCCAGAAUUGGUACCGUUCUGGACCUGAGACAAACAGAGUGCGCUCAAACAGUCGCCGAAGAUGUCCAGUAAGGAAGGCCUCGUUGAAGCAGCUCCCGCCGGAGUCUCGACGCCGCGCAAGCGACAAAAGUGGUACCACCUCUUCGGCGAAGACGUUGUCUAUGUAUCAGUCGACAACGGCUACGCGACAAGCUCGGAAGCCUCUUCCUUGAACGAGAACACCGUGGACAACCAUCACAAUGUCUUUGCUGCUCCCGAGGCCGUUGAUAUCUACAAGUUCGUAGAGGGCUUCGAAGGUACCCACCGCUUCAACCCUUCCGCGACGUGGGACGUCCAGGAGGAGAAGAAGCUGGUCAGACGGAUUGACUGGCUCAUCGCCCUUCCAGCCUGUCUCAUGUUCUUUGCUCUCCAACUCGACCGCGGCAACAUUGUUCAAGCUAAUUCGGAUAACAUGCUCAGUAAGCUCGCGGCCGACGAGGUUAUAACGCUGGAGGUACUAACCCCGUCUAGAGGACCUCGGGCUCAACACGAACGACUACAACAACGGCAUGACCAUAUUCUAUUGUUCGUUCUUGUUCGCGGAACUCCCGUCGCAGAUCAUUGGGAAAAAGCUUGGACCGGAUGUCUGGAUCCCUAUUCAGAUGAUACUCUGGAGCGCUGUGGCGAUGUCGCAAGCCGCAAUGCACGGAAAGACCGGCUUCUUCAUUUGCCGCUGGUUGCUUGGAAUGCUCGAAGGAGGGUUUAUCCCCGACACGAUUCUCUAUCUUUCGUAUUUCUACAAGAAUAAUGAGCUUCCCAGGCGUCUCAGUUGGUUCUGGACGUCGUAUCAAGGAACGCAGAUUGUCGGUGCUUUUUUGGCAUAUGGCAUCCUCCACCUCAGGGGCCACAGUGGGUUGCACCAAGGUUGGAGGUAUCUCUUCGUGAUUGAAGGCGCCUUUACUGCCCUGAUCGGCAUCUUGACCUUCCUCUACUUGCCGCCAUCGCCCACGCAGACGGCUCGCAACGGCUGGAAAGGUCUUUUGCGACCCAAGGCUGGAUGGUUUUCCGAACGCGAAGAGACCAUCAUGGUCACACGAGUUCUCCGCGAUGAUCCGGGCAAGGCCACCAUGCACAAUCGUCAAGGCUUGACGUUGAGCUUGAUCUGGGAAGCUCUCACAGACUACGACAUGUGGCCAAUCUACCUCAUCGGCAUGUCCUGGGGGAUCCCCAACGGGCCUCCACAAGCGUACAUCACGCUCACCUGCAAGGCUCUUGGCUUCGACACCUUCCAGACCAAUCUUCUCACCAUCCCGGCAUACACUCUGUUCAUCGUGCAACUACUGUUCUGGACUUGGGUAUCCGAAAAGAUCAACCAGCGCGUUCUUCUCGGCGUCAUCGCCCAACUGUGGUGCUUGCCCCUUCUCGUCGCCCUGGUGGCUUUGCCGCCGGUCUUCGAUGGAUGGAAAUGGUCCAAAUGGGCGCUGUCUACGCUCCUCGUCGGCGCUCCCUACAUCCACGCCAUCCUCGUGGCUUUGACGUCCCGCAACGCCGGCUCCGUCCGCACCCGUACGGUUGGCUCCUCGAUCUACAACAUGUCCGUCCAGCUCGCGAGCAUCAUAUACUCCCAGAUCUACCGCAAAAACGAUGCCCCAUACUACUACACCGGCAACAAAGCCCUACUCGGGGUUUUGGGCUGGAAUAUCCUGGUUUUCAUCCUAAUCAAGUUCUACUACGUCGCGAAGAACAAGAAAAGAGACAAGAUCUGGGACAGCAUGACCCGAGAAGAGAGAAUUCACUAUCUGAAGACGACCACGGACAAGGGAAAUAAGAGACUCGAUUUUAGGUUCGGUUCAUGAUUGCCACCAUGAGCCGUCCGUAUAUACGCGAAAACGAUGAUGUACAAUGGAGGGUACAAUGGGCGACUUUUUUUACCUCGGUGUGGGCGGGUGGAUGGGACGAGCGUGGGAGGAAUUCGUCUUGAAGCCAUAUCAUAAAGCCAAACCCAUAGAGCAUUCAGAACGGUGGAGAAAGAACUGUAGAGAAGAAACUAAGUAGAAGAAAUAUUGUACGGAGCUGCACAAAACUAGAACAAUUUGUAUUUGAG